UACCCGGGCAACGACACGGGGGAGAUCAUCGUGGCCGUGCACGAGGGCAUGUGUGGGUGCGUCCUCAGUGACAUGACUACUUUCCGGGAGGUGCCUCAGAGUUUCUGCACGUACUACUGCAAGUAUUACCGGAACCCCAUCUGCGGCGGCUUUCCCGACUACUGGGGUGUUUUCCGUGAGUACGACUUCUCCUCGCUGACGAUGCAGGGGGCCUAUGACCCAUGGCGCUACAUCUGGUUUUCCUUA